AGUCUACCGUAUACGAAUUUCGAGUGUGGAUCUUUCUCAGAGAGCGCAAAUCCGACAACAAUCAACUUACAUUCUCGCAUCGCGUUUGCGCCGCCCGUUUAAACAUCAAACUACAAAUCAAUGACCAACCAAUAUUUAAUUUCGUUUUAACUCUUUUACGCAACUAUCAUGUGAGAGAAAAAAAAUAAAAGAAACUGACACGGCAUUCAACACAGACAGAGCAGAAAAAAACCGCAAUCAAAUUGAACAUAUGCACUGAUUUCAAUCGAUGUAACAACAAGAAGAAAAAAACAACGAGCUCCCUUUUGGAUUGCAACAAAUAGAAAAACAGCCACGAAAUCGUCGUCAAUUUAAACCGAAAGAAAAACCUCAAACGCAAUAAUCGAAUUAUGUGUAGUAAGAAAACGGUGGAUGCUUGUGAGUAAAUGUGGUGCGAAAACGUACAAAAACAACGAACUCGUAAACUCUUGCCGAGAGAGAAAGAUUGACAACAAACAGUGUGCUGUGAAUUUUGAAGAGAUCGGCGUCCAAAUUCGCAAUAGAAAGUACCAUCGGCACCAAAAACACCGAAAAACAAUAUAAACAUACGCGAACGCACAACGCAACACCGCAAUAAGUCAACAAAAUUAAAUUUUGAACGGUUUUUCUUUAAAUCGCUUCUUUUGUGUGUACAACACCUAUUCACCUUUGAAUUUGUUUUUUUUUUCGGCUGCGCUUGUGCGUUGCUCACGUUGCUGUGAAGAAAAGAAAGUGAAAAUUUUGUUGCCCUUUCGAAUGAAAACAUACAUUGCGCCACAAAGAGUUAUUAGUUCUUUGCCGAAUUUCGGAAUGACAUGCAUAACACUUCCGAAAAAUAUGUGAACCGCUUCGGGUAGAAGGAAAAACGCAAUACAGACAGACCGAUUCAAUUGUGCGCAGAAGAAAAUUUUUUGUAAAUAGAAGUUUUUCGAAUUCGGGCGAACACGCACAGUACAAAGAUCUUUUAAUUGUUUUAAACAAACAAAAAUGAACAGUGUCAUAUUUAUAAGUAUCAUAAUCAUAGUUGUAAAUUGUGCAAAAACCCAAGAUGGAUUACCCUAUGGAUUUGAUUCAGUGGACAAGUAUCAGAUGUACACUCCAUCACAGCCUCCGGUGGAAAAUAUAGACGAUGUGCUGAAUUUUCUGAAGGAAUUCAACAUUGAGGCAGCCGAAAUGUGCAAUCGAGUGGCAAAUAAUGAAUGGAAGUAUGCGACCAAUGCCAGCGAAUACAAUAAGCGACGAGUGAAGGAGCAGCAAUCGGUUGCAACGAAAUUCGAGUGCUUGAGCUGGAGACGAGCAAUAUCAUUUUUAAACUAUCCCGUUUCAAAUACAAAUGUCAAGAGACAAUUACAACGAAUCAUUAAGCAGGGCAAAUGUGGCCUCACCGAAGACAAGUACGCCGAAAUCAGUAAUUUGAUACAGCAAAUGAAAGACAAUUUCAAACAUGCGCGCGUUUGUCCGUAUCGUGGUACGCAGAGCGAAGUGGUGAAUCAAUCGACACAAAUGAACGAAAAUAUUGGUGUGCUACCGAUAAAGCAUCCAAAUGAAUCCAUCAUCUCGACCGAUUCGGAGAAUUACGUGACGCAUACUUAUACGGGCUAUUGUGAUCUCAGCAUUGAUACUGAUAUACCGCAUAUCAUGGAGCACAGUCGAAAUGAGGCCGAAUUAAAGUACAUUUGGUCGGCAUGGCACGAGAAAACUGGACCACCAAAUCGCAAUAAUUUUAUGCGUUACAUUGAUGUAGCCAAUCAAGCGGCCAUUGCCCAUGGUUUCUCUGAUGCGGGCGAACAAAUGCGUGCACUUUACGAAGACCCAGAAAUGUAUUUCACUGUGCAGGAUUUGUGGACGGAAAUUCAACCACUUUAUCGACAGUUGUACACGUUCGUACGGAAGGGAUUGAUUCGUCAGUAUGGUGAUAAGGUGAUAAGACACGAUGGCCCAAUUCCAGCUCAUUUGUUUGGUAAUAUGUGGGCACAAAACUGGAAGAAUAUCAUGGAUAUUGUGAAACAUCGAUACUCCGAAACACCCGACGUCACCGCCGAAAUGGUACGACAGGGCUACACACCGCUACGCAUAUUUCAAAAAGCCGAAGAAUUUUUCACAUCACUCGGAAUGGCACCAAUGUCACCGGAAUUCUGGCGCAAUUCCAUUUUACAACAAUCGAAUGUUGACACUUCACCCAAAUGCACCGCUUCCGCAUGGGAUUUUUGCAAUAAUUUCGAUUUUCGCAUCAAACAAUGCACACAAAUCACUUUGGAGGAUUUUCUUAGUGCACACUAUCAAAUCUCUCACGUUCAAUAUUACAUGCUCUACGCAAAUCAACCGUUUGUUUAUCGAGACGGACCUAAUCCAUCAUUUCAUGAAGCAAUUGCUCAUGCAAUUGGAUUAUCGGUUGGUGGUCCUGUUCAUUUGCAGCGAAUUGGUCUGUUGUCAACGCCGAUUCAAACGGCCAAUGGAAAUUCCGUGAUUAACAUUGAGUAUUUGUUGGCAUUAGCUCUGGAAAAACUACCGUUUUUGGCAUUCAGUUUGGCGGUUGAGAAAUGGCGAUGGCUCGUCUUCGAAAAGGGGCCCGUAGGUAUGAAUUCGAGAUGGUGGGAUCUUCGAUUACGGUAUCAAGGUGUUGUUCCGCCCAAUGCACGUCACACGGAUGAUUUUGAUGCGGGCUCAAAAUAUCACAUCAUUGCCGAUCAAGAUUAUAUCAAAUAUUUUGUGGGGACAAUUUUGCAAUUUCAAAUUUACGCCGAAUUGUGCGAAACAAUCAAUCACUCGGGACCAUUGCACACAUGCGAUUUCUAUCGAUCCAGGGAGGCUGGACGCAUUUUAAGUGAGGUGAUGCAACACGGCGCUUCCCUGUCACCAUCACAGUUGUUGAAGAUAUUGACACGGGGCAAAAUGAAUCGACUUUCAGCUGAACCAUUGAUUACAUUUUUCAACCCAUUGAAAGCCUGGCUGGAGCAGCAAAAUCGCAACGAUUACAUCGGCUGGAAUUCAAACAUCGAAGAUGUUGCUCUAUUCAAAUCGCUAAAUGGUCAUGCUAACCAAAAUCACAUAUCUUUCACACACCUAUGGAUUUUUACGAUCACAAUCUCAGUUUAUUUGUUCUAAUUUAUGACAAAAAAUAAAAAAAAAUAUAUUUUAUUUCGGUUUCAUUAGAAGA